UGUACCCGCUACAUAUCUCGUUGUAUCUUAUGCAGUAUGAUGAACAAUCUAAUGCCCGGAUGUAUCAAGAAAAUUGAUCGUAAGGGAGGCGGUUUCGCUCUGAUGCAGAACCUCGGACGAUUCCAAGACGCGGCGAAGAAGUACGGAGUUCCAGCCGAGGAGGUUUUCCAAACUGUUGAUCUCUGGGAGAAAAAGAACAUUUGCCAAGUCACAUUAUGUAUACACGCCUUGGCGCGAGUGGCUCAAACGAGAGAUGACUACAAGGGGAUGAUACUCGGACCAAAAAUGGCCGAAAAACAAGAACGCGAGUUUACGGAGGAGCAACUGAGAGAGGGACGAAACGUCAUCAGUCUACAAUAUGGCAGCAACGAAGGGGCGUCCCAAGCAGGCCUCAACAUGGGGAAACCACGUUCUAUCAUGGACUAGGUCAUUCAUAGUGAACUGAGUCAUCUAGACGCUUAACAGUAUUCUAGAUUACAUUGACGCUUAAAAAGUUAUAGUUCCACUGAACGGUUACUUGUGUAUUAGACUGGAUUACCUGUCUAAGUGCACUUUCUCUCAGUCGAGGAUAAGGAUUUUGUCAGCAUCUUAAUUGUAGUUCGGCAUCUUAAGGGCAAUUCGGUCUAAAUAGUGUAUUAAUAACUCUAUACGAAUCAAAACGUUUAAGGCAGUCUAGUCGCUUUAUUUUUUUUUAUCUAGGUACUUUAGUUGCUAUCAAGUGUACACUUAGUACACAGUUGCGGGUUUCUGUACCGCUGCAAAAACUUAGCCAAUAUGACUUUUUAAUGACUGUAUUCGAUCAUUUCUAAUAACUGUGUUCUGAAUUUAUAAAUUCAACGGGGUAAGAUCAGGAUUCG